CUUUUCGGAAGCAUUUCCGUGUGAAAGUUCACGCUGUCAUAGCAAGAUGGCUGCCCCCUUGGAGCUGUUCUGCUGGAAAGGCGGCUGGGGCUUGCCCUCCGUUAAUACGGAGUGCUUAACAGUAUUGGCCUAUGCCAAGUUUGCUGGUGCUCCUCUUAAAGUCCACAAGAUCGCCAACCCCUGGAGAAGCCCUACAGGUUCUUUGCCUGCCCUGAAAACUCCAGAGGAAGGAAGCCUGUCCCAGCCCAGCAAGAUCAUCAUCCAGCUGAAGAAGCAGAAAUAUAAUGCAGACUAUGACUUAUCUGCCAAAGAAGGGGCUGACGCCCUGGCCUUCAUCUCGCUGUUGGAGGAGAAGCUCCUGCCAGCAUUGAUCUACACUCUAUGGGUGGACCCCAAAAACUAUGUGGACGUUACGCGGCGGUGGCAUGGCGAGAACAUCCCCUUCCCGCUGAACUUCUUCCUUCCCGGCCGCAUGCAGAGCAGGCAGCUGGACCGACUUCGGCUGGUGAGGGGCGACUCGCGAUUGGAGCCUGGUGAUGAGACCGAGAAAGAGCUUUAUCGAGAUGCUCUGGAAUGUAUGGACCUUCUCUCUCAGCGCUUGGCUUCACAUAAAUUUUUCUUUGGGGAUUCCCCCUCUUCUCUGGAUGCCCAUGUGUUUGGUCACUUGGCACCACUGCUCAAGAUGAAGCUGCCCAAUGCUAAGCUACAGCAGCACCUGAAGUCCAUGGACAACCUCUCCAACUUCUGCUCCAACAUCUUGACCCUCUAUUUUCCUAGCGAGGGAGAAGAUACUCCUGGUCGCAAGUUCUCCAGCCAGCCAGAGAGCAGCGACUUUGACAACGAGCCCCACAAGAGGCGCAACCAAGUGCUGUCGGUGUUGGUGGCACUGGGUGCCAUGCUGAGCUACGCUCUUCUGACGGGCAUCCUCUCCAUCCAGCAUGUGCGCCCGCAGGGGGCCCUGGACAGCUCCGAGAGACAUGGGGUGGGCGCCCAUGAAGAGGAGGACGACGACUAAGAGGGAGUUCAGAAUGUGUUGAAGAUCGAAAAUGGCGCUAGGCUCUCAGGACCACGUGAAGGUGCGGGCUGGUGAAAUGAGCACCAGGAGAUGUCAUGCAUUAACUUGUGCUGGAUGGACUGAAGAACUUGAAGGACGUUGGCAUUUUAUUGUGUUUCCCCCCCCCAUGGCUAGUGAAGUCUCAUUGGUACUUCAAUGCACAGUAAUCGUAAGUGGAUCAGGGCGUUGGUCGUCAUUGUCCAUCUCCCAUUUGCUGGCAAGUGUUUUCGGGGUUUAGCGGAGGCUAAGCUUUCUGUAAAGCAACUGCGUAUCUCGGUCAAGAGUCACCUGGGUGGUCUCAUUAUAAAUUGAUGCGUAAGCCUUCUGUCUUUAGGUCUUGUUUUUAAGCCGUAUGAAAUGCUUUGUUAGAUUUCAUGAGGGAACAAGUAUGUGGGUUUCUGGUUAUUAAAAGCAGAACGACUGGA